AUGGUCGCAUACGUGGUAUGCCGGUGGCCAUUCGAAUGGCGGAACUCCGCCAUACGCGAAAAGAUGGAGUCAACUCGUCCACAAUUCUAUCCCAAUACGCUGCGGUUAUCGGAUAUUAGCAAGACAAGUCUUGAAAGUGUCUUGCAAGAUCUGCGGCUAGCCGUCAAAAACAGUGUGGAUAUCAUCUCGAGAAACUGCAAACGACCAACAGACGCAAGCGCCUACGGCAAUGUCUACGGCGGUAUACCAGGCAUCGUUCUGACGCUUCUCCGGCUGGAACGCCAGAAACCAUCCAUUCAGCAAAAGGCCGAACAAAAUAGCCAAACAAAUUAUCCGAGUCAAGAUUACUUCCAAUUAGCAUCUGACUUGAUCAUGCAGACACCGUCAGAUAUUGAGCAGAUCGACGGCCGCCUAUCCCCUCUAGCUUCGGAAGUUGGACAGUCGUUUAUGCGGAUUCUGGCUUAUUGCGAGCAACUGAAUCUGCAACCAGAGGCAGAUACUUCUCCAGACCCUGAAGAUUUCAGGAUCUUCAAUCAAGCGGUUGAGAGGGCGACCCUUCACGGUCCAGUCUAUACCUUCAAGGGCUUUAGUCUCGGAGGCGACGAGCUCAUAUUCGGUCGCGCAGGAUUACUGUGGUCUCUGCUCACAUUGAAAACGCAUGCCAAUCUGACGCCGCGGGCAACCGAGGAAUUACUUACGACACGUUUAAGCACAGCCAUACAAAGCAUUCCCAAACUUGUCAAUGCAAUUAUCGACGGGGGCAAGCAAGGCUCUCAGGAAUUUGUGAAGUUAUACGAUUCCAAAGAAGCUUUACCCCUAAUGUGGCAAUGGAUGGAGGGAUAUUACGCCCUAGGCGCCAUGCACGGCACGACCGGGAUUCUGACAAUGCUACUAUCAUGCGACCUUUCCCACGAACAAGAACAAGACAUCGCAGACACCAUAACCAGUCUCUGCCGAAUAUGUAUAGAGAAAGGAGGCCAUUUCCCCAUGUCCAUUCCCGAUCGCCCAGAUGCAUUGACGAGACCUUCGCCUUUUGUCCAGUUGUGUCAUGGGCCUCCGGGUUUACUUGUUUUGUUAGGUGUGGUUUAUGAGAAGAUGUCGUUUGUGGAACGGUUUUGGAGACCGGAAUGGGAUGUUGCUAUUCGUUUGGGUACAAAGAAGAUCUGGGAAGAAGGCCUGUUGUCAAAGGGUGGGAAUGUUUGUCAUGGGUUGACGGGAAAUGCGUGGUCUUUACUUUCAUUGCACAACAUAUAUGAAUACCAGGGACCGGCCCUACGAGAAGCAAAAAGAAAGAGAAUGGCAGAUCUUGAAAAGUAUGAGCGUCUUAGUACAGAAAAGGAGGAAACUCUGAACGGAGACUACUUCCUCUCCCGUGCAUUACCAUUCAUGAUGCUCGCCCGCGAAUCACCACCAUACAGCCAGGAGAUCAACAUCAAGACAACAUUUGAUUUUCGCGCACCGGAUCGACCAUAUAGUUAUGGAGAAGGGUUGGCAGGUCAAAUGUGCGCUUGGGCAGAGACAUGUGCUGUUAUAAAAGCUCGUUUGCGAAAGAUGGAACUUGGUUCGGGAAGCAAUGGCAAUGUAUCUUUCGAUGAAGACGAACAGUUCAGAGGGUCUUUGGCACAGCAACUUGGGUUUUUUGGGUUGGUUAUUAAUGGGCCAAAGAGUCUUUAA